AACACUUCGAUGAUACCGUUCAAAUGGCGGCAAAAAUAUCUCUGUUUUUACUGUGGCGAGGACGUUCCCGAUUAUGAUGCGCUUAGGAAGCACACGACAGCACACGGACCGUGCACUUUACGCGACCGCGCGCUCACACGCGUCUCAGGCACAGAUGUCGAGAUCAAAGUUGAUGUGUCCGACAUCACAUGUCAAUUAUGCAACGAAUCUCCUCCAAAUUUCGAUGAAAUAAUCUCCCAUUUGAUACACAACCACAACUUGCCCUAUGACAAACACGCUGAUCUCCUCAUUAUCAAAUACCGCCUGGACGAUCUCAAAUGUUUACUUUGCGAGGAAAGCUUCAAUCAUUUUAGUAAGCUCAUCGUUCACGUUAACAAUAGCCAUCCUCUAAAAGUCCUCUCGUGUAAUGUCUGCCAUCAGAAAUUUAAUAAACAACGGGACUUGACUGCUCACUUCAGAUCUUACCAUAAAAAGGGAGGUUACACUUGCAACAAGUGCGCUAUUUCUUUCCCCACCAACUGGGCGCUUAGUAAUCACAAAUUUAAGACACACUCGUCGGCUUGUAAUAUAUGUUUUAAAAGCUUCUCUUCGUCCGAUAAGCGCCUAAAACAUAUGAAAACAGAACAUGUGGGUGAUAGCUUAUUGCAAUGCGGAUUUUGUUUGAAAACUAUGAAUACAAAACAGGGUUUCUUGCGACAUGCGGCCGGCUGCACUUCCGCGAAAGACGAUUCCAAAUCGCAACAUAUCAUCGACGAAAUCGUGUCAAUUGACGAUACAGAAAGGAGGCCCAGUGUUAAACAGGUUAGGAAUAAUAUCGCUUGUAUUCUCAACAUGUCCACGGCAAUACCGUUCAAACAUUUCAUGAAUAAAUUCAGAUGUUUCUAUUGCUCCAGACAUUUCAUAGAAUGCGACGAACUCAAAGAACAUACUAUGAUCGAGCAUCCCCAUUGCGAUUCUAAGUUUAAAUCCAUGAAAUUACGAAAUAGAGAGGACAUUUCAAUUAAAAUAGACAUAUCGUCGUUAUCUUGUAAAAUGUGCUUUGAACCUAUGAACGAUUUGGACCGUUUAAUAGAUCACCUAACCUCGGAACAUAAGGCGCGUUUUGACAAAUCUAUAGAAAUGAAUAUUCAACCGUUCAGACUAAUAAAGGACAACUUCGCGUGCCCUUUUUGCGGGGAAGUGUUUAGGUACUUUAGCACUCUGCUAAGGCACGUUAGUAUGGCCCACACGGAUAAUAAAAAUAUAUGCAUGUACUGCGGAAAGUCCUUUAGGACUAAACCAAAUUUACGAGCGCACGUAGCGCGACGUCACAAGGUAGGCAAGAUUUACAAUUGCGACGCUUGCAAACUAGAGUUUACAAGAACGGUAGAUCUGCGUUCGCACAUGGGCAGGGUCCAUGGCGACAAGACAGUCGACUGUCCUGAGUGCCCGGAGAAAUUCGUGUCGCAAUACGCGAUGCAAAGGCAUCUAAUUACGAUACACGGCUCCGGCCACAAGUGCUCUUACUGCGGAAAAUUAUUCACCAGAAACUCCUUCAUGGACAACCAUAUCAGACGUACGCAUCUCAAAGAGAAAAACGUGCAGUGCUUGCUCUGCAACGACAGAUUCUUCGAUGCUGCGCUCCUUAAAAACCAUAUGGUGAAACAUAUAGGGGAGAGAAACUUUCACUGCGAUGUAUGCGGUAAGAAGUUUCUAUGGAAGAAAAACCUCCGCGGUCACAUGGCCUCCCAUGUUAAAAACGCUACUCAAGCACUUACCUGAUAUUAAGCGACGUUAAUUAAGGAGUUGUAAGAGUGAAUUGACAGCAAGAAUCGU